AUGACUGCCACUCCAUUUCUCCUGAAGCUCUUUUACCGCACGGGUGCGUUCCACAGACCUGAUGAGUUUUCCUCUCCACAACGCCUGGCUUUUGUGCCCGUUUAUGCUCUUCCGAGCUACACCUUGAGUGAUCUCACAUACUAUCUCGCUGCCGCACAGAACCCUGCCGUCCUGCCUAGUACGUGCAUUGGCACGCGCAUCGUCUUCCGGCACGUGUACGAAAACACGCGGCACGCUGCUGAAGGCAAUGGCAGUGGGAACUGCCGGCCAUCAGAAGCCUUCAAGGAGUCUGCCUAUGCACCGCGCUUCAUUAUUAAGGAUGUCGGCAGCGUUGUUAUUGGUAGCACUGGGCCAGGCGCCCCGACAACGUCCUUGGAUGCCAUCGACGACGCCGCCAUUCCGGACGAACUGAUGGACGACGAUGAGGAUCAGCUGAUGCUAACUGGCAAUGCUGGUAGCAGCGACGACGACGGAAGCAGGACACUCGCCAAGCUGCGCUAUACCCCCGGCGAAUACUUGUCCUGUGCCAUCUUGCCACCUCUGGCCGACGGUUGCGUGGCUCCGGCAUCCAGCGCGCGAAGCGGCCGGGGUUCUGGUGUUGGGGAGGCACCUCCGAGUCGAAUGCCACCGCCACCUCUUUCGGGCGCAAGCGCUGUCCGGUCCAUGGACUCUCGUUUCAGUGGGAGACGAGGGCGGGAUGGGUACGGCGCAUCGUCCAACUACGGCGUGCCGACUGCUGGCUGGCGACGCGGCGAUGCCAUACCAGACGAAGGCGCAUGGGUUCGAGAUGGCGGACAAGGCGGCAGUCGUAUGGGAUGGCGAGACAGCCAGCGGAGGCGAGACAGCCGAUGGUGA